GCCGGAGAUCACCGCAGGUGGAGCUCGGAAGUUGCACCGCAGUUGUGGAUUUCGAAGCUUUUUCGGACCUCCACCGUCGUCCAAACUAGAUUCCAAGGGAAUGGUUGUGCUCCGGACACCGAGAGGAUGAAAAGCCACCAAAGAAUCUGGGCUCAUUAUAUUAAAUCUAGACGAUGUAAUACCGCCAGAGCUGUUCUUUCUUUAGAGUCCUCAUACAAAUGGGCUUUAAGUGGUACUCCUCUUCAGAACCGUGUUGGAGAACUUUACUCUUUGCUACACUUUCUACAAAUUGUUCCAUAUUCCUAUUACUUCUGUAAGGACUGUGAUUGCAGAGCUCUUGAUCAUAGUUCCUCAUCACAAUGUCCAAAUUGCCCUCAUAAAUCUAUUAGACAUUUUUGUUGGUGGAAUAAAUUUAUUGCUACACCUAUACAAACAUAUGCGAAUCAAGACCCUGGGAAAAGGGCGAUGAUGUUGCUAAAACACAAAAUUUUAAAGAAGGUAGUGCUGAGAAGAACUAAAAGAGGGAGGGCUGCUGAUCUUGGUCUUCCUCCACGAAUUGUAUCAUUGAGGAGGGACGUACUGGAUAUCAGGGAGCAGGAUUAUUAUGAGUCAUUGUACAAUGAGAGUCAGGCACAGUUUAACAUAUAUGUUGAAGCAGGAACAAUUAUGCAUAACUAUGGUCACAUUUUUUACCUUCUCACACGUUUGCGUCAGGCAGUUGACCAUCCUUACCUUGUGGUAUAUUCUGCAACUUCAGCAAUGAGAAACACAAACAAGGUGGAAAUCGAUAAUGAAGAGCGCAUAUGUGGCAUUUGUCAUGAGCCAGCAAAAAAUCAUGUGGUUACCUCUUGUGAACAUGCAUUUUGCAAAGCUUGUUUGAUUGAUUAUGUUGCUUCCUUGGGACAAGUCUCAUGCCCUUCUUGCUCGACACUGCUUACUGUUGAUUUGACAGCAAUUGCAGAUAAUGGGAAUCAGACCAGUAAAACUACAAUAAAGGGCUUCAGGGCAUCAAGUAUUCAGCCAGUUCACAUUAAAUUAGGGAUAUUUAUUUUGCUAAAAUUAAUUAUAAAGUCCUUCUCACUGGCGCCAAUUCGAACCCCACCUCUGGCCAUUGUCGGUGUCCACCUCCCAAAGUCAUCAUCGACAUUCACAAUAAGUUCAGUCAAAGAAAAGGAGGCUCUCAUGCAAUGA